AUGAUACUUCCUCUAAACGACAACCUGGCAAGGCUCCAGCAGGAGUACUCUGGUGCCAUCACGACGGUUCUGGCCGUCACCGUGCUGGUUAUCGCGGCCGUGUCCCUGCAGGAAUACUUCAGGCCGGUAGGCAAUCUCCUACAAGCCACGGACGCCAAGGGCGACCCAUUCAAUAGAUACCUGCACUCCCUGUCGCAAUACGGCGAGAUGGCAACCCUCCAUUUGGGCUCCAAGACCUGGGUCUUCCUCAACAGCAGCCGCGUCGUGUCCGAGAUCAUCGCCAAGCGGAGCAGCCAGACCAACACGCGCGCCCCGAUGCCCAUCUCCAACACCCUCGUCGGCCGCGGCCUCAAGUCGCUGGUCCUGCCUCAGGAGCUGUGGACCGAGCCGCGGCGUGUGAUGCACAGCCUGCUCAGCGGCACGGCGCUCCGCCAGUACGGCGAGUGGCAGGAGCUCGAGAGCACGCAAAUGAUGGCCGAGUACGUCAUCCGGCCCGGCGCGUGGUACAGGCACCACUACCGGUACGCCAACUCGGUCAUCCACCGCAUCGCCCUCGGGGAGCGUAUGGUCAAGACGCCCGAGGAGCUCGUUGAGAUGCAGAACGCCGUGACCUUCUUCGUCGGGAGCAUCGGCACCAGCAUCGUCGACUGGUUUCCGGACCUCGCCAGACUGCCACGGUUCCUGCAGAUCUGGCGCCCCCACUGGAAGGAGGUGGGCGACUGGAACUACGACCUGUACAGCAGGUGGUACAACCCCGUCAAGGAAAAGGUCGAGAACGGAACAGCCCCGCCGUCCUUUGUCCGCGACGUCCUACUGAACCCGGACACGCGGUACAAAGGCAGCCACGAAGAGGGUAUGUACGUCGCCAUGUCGCUCGUCGAGGCCGGCAGCGACACGACCAGGGAGGCACUCAACAUCAUGACUAUGGCGGCGCUCGAGUACCUCGACGUGUUCGUCAAGGCCCGCGACGAGGUGGACAGCGUCUGCGGCGUCGGCGAGCACGCCCGGCUGCCCACCCUGGCCGACAUGGACGAACUGCGCUACAUCUGCGCCAUGGCCAAGGAGGUCCUGCGUUGGCGGCCCAUCUUCCCCCUCACCCCAGACCACACGGCGACGCAGGACAUCGAGUUCGAGGGCUACUACUUCCCGGCCGGCACCGGCUUCACAAUCAACGGGCCGGUCGUAAGCUAUGAGUGCGAGGCGCCCGAGGACUUUGUGCCCGAGCGCUGGCUCGACGGCCAUGAGACGGACAUCGCGCACGGCCUAUGGGCCUUUGGCGGCGGCCGCCGCAUCUGCGUGGGCUACCGCUUGGCCCAGCGCAGCCUGUUUCUCAACAUCGCCAGGCUAGCCCAGUGUGUCGACUACAAACCCAACGGCCCCUACAAUAGCCACAUACUGAACCUGGAUGUGGCCGGCGAGCCGUUCCCUGUCAAGGUCACGAUGCGCAGCCCCGCCUGCGAAGCGCUCAUCCUGCGCGAAGCGGAAGCUGCCGGGGUUCUUGAGCACGCGAAAUUGUUCCGAGAUGAGGACGAGGCCCGGGUGGAACUCGGGAGCGGAAGGUGUAGGUUUACCAACCGCCUAUUCAAGCAUCUAUAG